AUGCUUGAAUCUCCAUACCGUUCAACUCAAGGUCGUAAAGCUGUUCGUACGUUAACUACCCCACUAUGUUUUAAUAAUUCUGAAAAUAUAUGUGCCACAAAUAAAAAUCUAUUGCGAUACUGUUUGGAUUCACCAACUACAACAUCUCAACCAAAUCUAAAUGGUCGAGUAUCGAGGUCAGAUACAAGCUCUAGUAAUGAUCAUAUUGGUCGUAAAUUAUCUGUAAAUGGAGUACAUGAACUUAGAGACCGAUCCCUUCCUGGUACAAUUUCAAAACAAGAAGUUCAUUCGGUAUAUAGUUUACAUCAACAUCGUAAAAACACAUAUAUUCGAAUUCAAGAUCCUAUAAAUAGUGAAAAUCGAUCACCAUCAAGGCAAACACGAAGAAAAGAAGUUAUACGUUGUUGGAGUCGAGAAAGAGUUACAAGAAGUGAAACUAUUUUAAGUAUACGUCGACCUUCAUCAAAACAAACUGAACAAAAUAUAGAAAGUAAUAAUUUAUGCAAAUCUCGACUUACUGCUUCAACAUCGACCUUUAAUACUUCUCUUUUCUUACCGAUUAUAAAUAAAAGUGAAAGUUUUUCAUCACUACCAACUACAAUACGUCAUAUUCCAAUUCAAUUAGCUGAUUAUCAUCUAACUGAUAUACAACCAAUAAUUAAUGAUACAUUAAAAUCAAUUCCAAUUUCUAAUCAAUUUUCUAAAAUUGAAAAACAAAUUUCAAAUAAAUUACAAAAUCUUACUUUCUCUCCUAUUGAAUAUUCAGAGUAUGUAGACAAAAUAUUUCAUGUAACAUGA